CAUUCCCCUUCUUGCAAAUACCACAUUUAGCUCGUGCUGUAGUGACUGUCAGCAUGGCGCUUCUCUUCCGCAUGUUCUCAAACAAGUGGAUCAACCCACCGAAGGACACCACUGGGGAGUCGUUUUCUGGAAAGAAUGUCAUCGUUACCGGCGCGAACACGGGAAUAGGAAUCGAAGCAGCCGCAAAGUUUGCCGCAUUGGGUGCAGCCAAGGUCAUUCUGGCUGUGCGAGAUCUGAAGAAGGGAGACGCGGCCAAAGCGAUUAUCGAAUCCCGAACCAGCAAGAAGGACCAACUGGAGGUCUGGCAACUCGACUUGAACUCUUAUGAUAGUGUGGUCGCUUUCGCUGAGCGGGUGAAUACGCUUGACCACUUGGACGUCGCCGUCCUCAAUGCAGGUGUACGUAAAAUCCGCUUUGUGCAGUCAACGCAAGGCUGGGAAGAGACCCUUCAAGUGAACACUAUUUCGACAGCCCUUCUCGGAAUCCUCCUCCUCCCCAAGCUUCAGGAGUCAAAACGAAUCACUGGCAAGAUCCCAGUCCUAGAGUUCGUGAACUCAGGCCUUCACCAAAACGCCAAGAUUGACUCUAAAAUACUGAAAGGCGACAACAUCCUCAAGGCCUACAAUGCUCCAGAAAACUUUGGCGGCGGAAAACAAUACUCGCUCUCCAAGCUCUUUCUCAUGUUCGUUGCGAGCACACUCGCUGCAGAGGUUUCUUGUGAGAAUGUCCUCAUCACUUCAAUAUGUCCUGGUGCCGUAAAGACGGAGAUCGGGCGAGACUUCAACUUCCCUGGUGUUGCAAUUGGCCUCGCCAUCUUCGCGGCAGUCUUCAUGCGCACCCCGGAACAGGGCUCGAGAAUGAUUGUAAGUGGAACAACGCAAGGUGAAGGCGUUCACGGAAGGUUUUGGCAACACGAUCAGAUCCAGCCGAUUGCUCCAAGCCUUGGUGGUGAAGAGAAUAAAAAGAUUGCCGCGCGGGUCUGGACGGAAAUUAUCCAAGUUCUGGGUGAAGAUGUACCCCCUAAACGGAGUUUGCUCCAGGCCUGGAUGCCCACACCUCCUUUCCGCCGCAAGCCCACCGCCCACGGCACCGCAUCGUUCCUGCGAUACCUGUUCCCGCACACGAGACAGCGGGCACGCGCACGCCUUUCUAAGUUCCGCCACGAGACCCUGCCUUCCCUCCAACACCGGACUCAGUCACGCAUAUACAGAUACAUUCUGUACAGGCAGGCGCUCAAACUUAAGAGGAAACCGGGGAUCCUGCAGAGAUUGCGCGGCCAUACGAGAAAGCUUCUAGGCUCCGAUUACCUUGAAAAUGAGGUUCGGCUGCGACGGCAGAAGUUGAUGCAACAGCCGUACGGCUCAGACUCAUCGAGGAGAAGUGCAAUGAGUUACCCGGAGAGCUAUGGGGCCCGCGAGCCUGGUGCUAGGAGGAAGAAGUUGGCGGGGUACUUGAAGGCGGCGAAUGAGUUGAGACAGUCGUACCAGCAGCAGUAUGCCCCCGGCUUCAGCAGGAACCAGUCGGCGUACGAGUAUGAGGAUGAUACGCCGGGGAGCUUCCCAGAUGCGGCGGUUGUGAGGAACGGGGAUGAGGAUAUGGUUUUGUUUCCGAGUUAUGCGAGGAAGCAUACUGACCACCGACAGCCCCAAGCAGAGCCUGGCACCAUCCAAGACACCCCGGGAGACGGCCGCGACGUGCGAGACUUGACCGGCGCUGGAGAUGCAGAGUUUUGGAAACAGCAAUGGGAUGCCUAUGAGGAUGACAAUGCUCUCGUGGAUGUCGAUGUUCGAGGGUGGAUUUACUCCCCGCACAAAGGGCAAAUGUCGAGGAAGCAAAGGCUCUUCAUUGGCCUAGCCCGCCAGCUUGUAGGAAUACAGGCACCACCCGCUGGCACAAGACCUCCAAGCGCCAACAUGAGUCCUGCCAGCAGCAGGGAACCAAGCCCGGGGAAUAUAGGUCACAGCGAACGAGCACGGGUAAGGCAGGCGCAGCGUGAUGAUAUUCUGACCGCGAGGGAGGCCGAAGAGAUUCUUAGGAAAGGUGAAAAAGAGGCAGAAGCAGCCUCUCAGGGAGCCUACAGCGAGAGGCCAACCCCUGACGACUCUGACAAUACUUAUCUAUACCGUGCGCAAAGUAGAGAUAGUGUUCGAUCAUCAGAUUCAAGGGGUCAUCUGCGCCCGCAAAAGGUCUCGCCAACCCCGUCCUCCAGUUCCUUCAAAGACGAGGAGAAGAUCAAACCAAUACAAAAGCGAGAGUCGUGGAGACAACCUGCGAAUAUGAGCCCGGCAGAGCUUGCGGAAGCGAAUGCGCAUCUGAUGGCCAGACUUCGGCAUUUCCUUGCUAUUCCCAUGGCGAAUACACCGAUAAGCGUCUUCUUCUACAAUGACGAAAUAUCCAAGCAGAGGACUGUGUAUACCAAUCCUUCGGGCCACUUCAAUGUUCGAGCAGCAUUAGAUUUCAUUCCCACACAUGUCCGGAUCCUAGCAUCAGAUAAACUGUCCGCAACGGAGGAAAUCAUAGUCACGGAACCGCGCGGUGUCAGCUUGAUCAGCGAUAUCGAUGAUACAAUCAAACACUCUGCAAUCAGUAGCGGCGCUCGAGAAAUCUUCCGGAAUGCAUUCAUCCGAGAACUAGGUGAUCUUACAAUUGAGGGCGUCAAGGAGUGGUAUACUAAGAUGGCGGAAAUGGGAGUGAAAUUCCACUAUGUAUCCAAUUCUCCUUGGCAACUGUAUCCUGUCAUCUCGAAGUUCUUCUCAAUGGCCGGCCUUCCACCUGGAUCUUUUCAUUUGAAGCAGUACAGUGGAAUGCUUCAAGGGAUCUUCGAACCCGUGGCAGAGCGGAAGAAGAGCACGCUCGAUAAGAUUGCUCGGGACUUCCCCGAGAGAAGCUUCAUACUAGUCGGCGAUAGCGGUGAAGCCGACCUCGAGGUCUACACCGAUUUCGUCCUCGAAAAUCCCGGGCGAGUUCUUGCUGUCUUCAUCAGAGAUGUUACAACGCCGGUUGGUGGAGGGUUCUUUGACCCUUCGGUAGGUCCUAUCCCAGGGGACCGGUCGUCUUCACCUUCCCAGCGUGGAAGCGGAAGCACGCCGAGCCGUUACACCACGUCGUCUAGCGGCUUUGGAGAAGACGAAGACCCGGAGCUUAGAGCAGCUAUUGAAGCUUCCCUUCGCGACAUGGAUAAUGACAACGGACGAAAAUCGAGAUCCAUAUUCCCACAGAUAGAUGAAGACCACCCUGAGCUCCGACCCAAACUCCCUGCCCGCAAGACUACGCAGCCGCCACCUCCACAGCCAGUGGAGAAGCUCAUUAACCUAUCUGAUGACGAGCCAGAAUCUACGCCAGCCCUUCGCCGGUUGGCUACAGACACACUCGCCGAGAAGUCUGCGCAUCAACCUCCUAUCGCACCCAAACCCUCAAUCCCACCUUCCCAACAAACAUACGCCGGCAUGGCAAGAGACAAGCUCCUGUCCGCUUAUAACAACCUUCCUUCCGCAUCUUCCUACCUACAGCCUUCCAAUCCGACACUAAAACAAGCUCAAGCCUCCAACCCUUCCUCUGAACAGGGCGAAGGAGUCAAGAAAACCCCACCUCCGCCGCCUCCUCCCAGGAAAGGCGUGACAUCCUAUCCAGCAGUCGCAUCCUCAUAUGUCGGAACAAAAGCUGCCAGCGCAUGGAACUAUGCCCCCAACUUGCCUCACCCCUCGACUCGCCCUACAGUGACGCAACAUGCGAAUUCCUACUCUACAACGACAUCCACGCAAUAUCCAAACGCGAAUUUGAAUCGCACGAACACUGGCUCUACACUUGGCAUGAAUGGAAACAACACUACGAAUGGAAACGCCGGUAUGAACAAACGCGAAAUACUCUGGAGACAGAGAUGGGCUAGAGCAGAACAAGUGUUUGCAGAAAAAGGCGUGGUGCUCAGGACGUGGCGGGUUGGGACUGAUGUCUUGGCCGACGCGGAGCGGUUGGUUAAGGAGGCUGGGGAGAGGGAGAAGAGGGAGGGAGGUGGGGUUGGGGGGAAAGUAGGAUUAUGA